GUACAAAUUUCUUGGUUCUUCUUUGUGUCUGAUCCAGCACUACUGGAGAUACUGCCAUACUGGUACAAGCUUCAGACUCACACACUACACAGAUUGGUCUCCUUGGUCUACAGAUCAUUUGGACAAUGGACUCAACUAAUGGACUGAAGAAUGCUCGAUCAGACAAGAAGAUAAUGGCUGCCACUGACCAAGCAUUCCUUGACAUGCUCAAUUCUCUCAUUGAAAUGACGACACAAGAACUGAACAAGAUUGACAGAGUAAAGUAUGAGACACUGAUCACAAUACACCUUCAUCAGAGGGACAUAUUCAAUAACCUGGUUCGUAUGAAUAUUAAAUCAUCAACUGAUUUUGAAUGGUUGAAGCAGAGUUGAUUCUAUUUCAAUGAUGACAUUGACAAGUGUGUCAUAUCAAUAACUGAUGUGGACUUCACCUACCAGA